AUGCUAAAUAUCAAGCGCCUGAAGCCAUUUGUUCUGGUGAUUUCCAUGUUGUGUUUUUGCGUUAUGGGUGUAUUGACUAUUUUCUUCUCGAGAUACGAAAACAAAGUCCGUGUUUCACGUAAUCUUCCGCAAGCAACCAAGCAGAGCGCUGUUAGCUUCGAUUUGAAGACAAGCCUUGAUCAUCUUCGAAAUAGUUUUGAAAUGUCACUAGAUCAGUACAAUUAUUCAACGAGGAACUUUAGCGAGAAGUUUCGAGAAGCCCGCCUUCGGAGUGAAUUAUUUUACCGCAAACUGGAUUCGCGUAGUAAGCGGCAUUUUGUCUGCAAUAAUGGGCUUUUUCUGCUGAUUCAAGUCCAUUCCAGUCCAGCAAAUUUUAAGAGUCGACAAGGUAUUAGGUUGACAUGGGGCAACAUGGAACGCUUUAUUGGCCAUGAUCAUCAGGAUAUUAACCGUAACUAUACUUUGAGGUCUUGGAAAACAGUAUUUCUUAUUGGUCAGAGCUCUGACCCCAGAUUGAACGACCUCGUUCUCCAAGAAGCUAACAUCUACAAAGAUAUUAUGAUUGGGUCUUUUAAAGAUACAUAUCGUAAUCUUAACAUGAAGAUGAUCUUUAGCUUGAAGUGGCCGCUGGAGCAAAAGUGUCGCGUCUCCUAUAUUCUUAAGACAGACGAGGAUUGUUACGUGAACAUUUGGAAUCUUCUUCAUUGGCUAAGGAGCUAUCAUGAAGCCAACGGGUCGCGCCCUCUAUACGCCGGUCGAGUUCAAACAGAGAUGCCAGUUGUACGGGAUACCAAAAGUCGCUACUACGUCUCGGAGGAAGAUCACCCCGCGGAUAUUUAUAAACCGUAUGCUUCCGGAGGAGGAUAUGUGAUAAGUGCAAGUUUACUUCCGGCACUUGUCAAUGUUUCACGAACAUCACCGAUCUUUGCAAAUGAAGAUGCACUACUCGGUUCGCUGAUGUACCGGAUCGGAAUACAAUGGACCGACAACCAGAAAUUUUUACCACUCAUAUUUUGUUCUCAUUUGAACAAGUACCGUUUUCGAGACAUGCACAUGUGCGGUUUAUCGAGACAGAUCAUUUUGCAUGGCAUAAGAGGCAGGCUGCAACUAGAAAUGCAUUUUAAUAGCGCCUUGUAUAAUCACUUUCCAUCGUUGUGUUCCUCGCAUAUGAACUACGAAGACAUGCGGGACGUGUGCGAAUGAUUAAGUGAAAAUUUUGAGCUACGUUAUUGUGUCAGUGCUGGUGUGGACUUACUUGUCACCAGCUUUAA